UAAUAUUUCUAAGCAAAAUAUAUCGGCCGGCACGAUAAUUUUAGUAACGUUUUGUUGGCUCUAACUCAAGCAGAGUAGAGAGUUCUUCCUCGCGAACUCCGGGGAAGAGAUCGCCUUCUCUUCUCUUCUCCAUCUUGUCGUUUGUUAUUUUAGUUUUUGUUAUUUUCUAUACCGAUAAUCGGGUUUCGUGUUGUUGAUCCCUUCUCAAGUCAAAUUCCAAAAUCCACUUAUUUUGCUUGGCGUCUUCAUCAAUGGAGGGGCUUUUUGGCAAAUUGAAGAAACUAGAUGCGUACCCUAAGAUCAACGAGGACUUUUACAGCAGAACUCUCUCCGGAGGCGUAAUAACUAUAGUUUCAUCCAUCGUCAUGUUUCUCCUGUUCAUCUCCGAGCUAAGAUUAUAUCUCCACCCAGUAACAGAAACAAAGCUUCUAGUGGAUACUUCUAGAGGAGAAAGGCUUCGAAUUAAUUUUGACAUCACUUUCCCUGCACUUCCUUGUUCAAUAGUCAGUCUUGAUGCCAUGGAUAUCAGCGGAGAAGAACAUCUUGAUGUGAAACAUGACAUUAUCAAAAGGAGAAUUGAUGCCCAUGGUACUGUUAUUGAAGUUAGACAAGAUGGAAUUGGUGCUCCAAAGCAGAUUGAAAAGCCCUUACAGCGACAUGGUGGGAGACUAGAACAUAAUGAGACUUAUUGUGGUUCUUGUUAUGGUGCAGAAGCGUCCGAUGAUGACUGUUGCAAUUCUUGUGAAGAGGUCCGUGAAGCAUAUAGAAAGAAAGGUUGGGGGAUGUCAAACCCUGAUUUGAUUGAUCAGUGUAAAAGAGAGGGAUUUCUUCAAAGAAUUAAAGAUGAAGAUGGUGAAGGCUGCAAUAUCUAUGGUUUCCUUGAUGUCAAUAGAGUUGCUGGGAAUUUUCAUUUUGCCCCUGGAAAAAGCUUUCAACAAUCAAAUGUUCAUGUGCAUGAUUUACAGGCAUUCCAAAAGGAUAGUUUUAACGUAAGCCACAAAAUAAACAAAAUUGCAUUUGGAGACUUUUUUCCUGGUGUGGUAAAUCCUCUUGACGGUGUUCAGUGGAUACAAGAAGCGCCAUAUGGGAUGUACCAGUAUUUUAUUAAGGUUGUUCCUAGUGUUUAUAAUGAUAUUAAUGGGCAGAAAAUUCAAUCUAAUCAGUUCUCUGUGACGGAACAUUUUAGGGCUGAUGAGGUUGGUAGGGUUCAAGCCCUUCCUGGAGUAUUCUUCUUUUAUGAUCUUUCCCCAAUCAAGGUAAUUUUCACGGAGGGGCAUGUGCCAUUCUUACACUUCCUAACUAAUGUGUGUGCUAUUGUUGGAGGUAUUUUCACUGUUUCAGGAAUAGUGGAUGCAUUCGUAUACCAUAGCCAAAAAGCUAUCAAGAAAAAGAUGGAAAUUGGUAAAUUCAGCUGAUCAUUGAACUCUUUAUCAAUCAAUCAGCUCUGCAGAUGGAUGGAGAAUCUGCUGGAGAUGAUACAGAAACUGUAUGCAUUGAUCUUCACAAUCUGGAUUACUUUGCAAUCAAAACCGAGUUUUGAGUCCAACAAUGGAGUUCUUUAAUCUUUCUUUUCUUCUAUUUGUCUCCUCAUUCGGGUGCUGUACUCUGAUAUUAAAAUUUUGGCAAUUUGAUUUCUGGAUUUUCUAUGGGUUCUGUAUAGGAACAGUUGUUGUCUUAUAGGAAGGGAUGCUUGGGGUAGAGUAAACUUCAGUUCUGGUUUGAGAGUAACACUUUGUAAGAAUAUAUGAACAUGAGAUCUCAGCAAAGAACUAAUUGGAGAUUUCACAAUGGUUUUUCUUAAGAACUAGUUUGGAUUUAGGCA